GCUCUUGACAGGAAUAUAUAGACUGAUUUGCAGCGCACGUGCUUUCGUUCGAUGGCUUCGCUAGGCGACGCACACUGGCUGGACCCUUCGCUCCCUGUGGAUAGCCCCGAGUGCCCGUAAGCAAUGUCUCACAUACUGGUCUCCAGGAUCGUCGGCGCUGUCUCAAACUUCUGGAAGUUGGCGGUGCUCGUCCUCAUACCAUUCCUCUACUUGCCCCUCGUGCUCUACAUCGACACCAAGGAAUCGAGAUGUGCCUACGUCGUCUGUCUUAUGUCCACGUUCUGGAUGACGAAUGCUGUUCCACUGCCUGUCACGGCUUUGCUUCCCGUGGUCCUGUUUCCGCUACUUGGCGUAUUACCAACGGACGAAGCCUGCUACCCUUAUCUUCAGGAAACAAACAUGCUCUUCAUCGGCAGCCUAAUCAUGGCGAUGGCUAUCGAGCACUGCAACGUCCACAAGAGGAUAGCCUUGAGGGUGAUGCUCUGCGUUGGAACAAAUCCGAGAUGGAUCAUGUUGGGUUUCAUGCUGACCACCAUGUUCAUGUCGACGUGGAUUUGCAACACGGCCACAACCGCCAUGAUGAUGCCCAUUGUGGACGCCGUCCUGGCUGAAGUCAUCGAUGCCGAAUACGAUCCACUCAUGCUCGCGGAAAUAGGAGGCGCCUGCGACACAGAGAAAGGUGGCCACAAACCACUCAACCGCAGCCUUAGUACAGAAAGCUCUGGAAAGAAAGAAAAGUGCGUGAUGCCUCCUAGCCGCUCGUGCAGCGUGCGCAGCGAAGACGUCGCCAAGCAGAAAGCCCAGAGGACGCUGAGCAAGAGCCUCUACCUCAGCGUGGCCUUCGCUGCCAACAUCGGCGGCACGGCAACGCUCACCAGCGCGGGACCUAACCUGAUUCUCAAGUUUGUCGUCGAAGAAUUUUAUGGAGGCCUCCCUCCCAUCGACUAUGCAAGUUGGCUGGUUUUCUCGACACCGGGAGUCGUCAUCAGCGUUUUCGUGGUCUGGGCUGCGUUCCAGGUUCUCUACCGGAACACCGGAGGCGUUGGUCUCGAAAGGAAGGGACAUGCAGCGAAGAAGGUCAUAAACAAAAAAUACGACGAACUUGGCCCAAUGAACUUCCACGAGUUAGCUGUGCUGGUGAUGUUGGCGACUCUGGUCCUUCUGUGGAUGUUCAGGGACCCGCACUUCGCGAGGGGCUGGGCCACUUUUUUCGGAGACCUGAAGCCCAAGGACGCAACGGCGGCGCUGUUUGUAGUAUUCUUCCUGUUCGUGAUCCCGUCCGACCCACGUAAAGUGGGGACCAGCCCGACCUUACUCACCUGGGAUGUGGUUCAGAAGCGACUUCCGUGGGGCGUCGUCCUACUCCGCGGAGGUGGAUUCGCCAUGGCUGAGGCCACAAACGUUUCCGGUCUUUCGCGGUGGGUGGGCCACCAGCUGUCCUCGUUCGGCUUCAUGUCACCGCAGUGUAUCAUAUUCGUCGUGUCCGUCAUCGUGGCCUUCAUCACUGAAGUGGUCUCCAACUCUGCCACGGCCACUAUCUUUCUGCCUAUCAUGGCGCAGCUGGCAACCGACCUUCACAUGAAUCCUCUGAUGAUCAUUGUGCCCGUUGCGUUGUCCUGUUCCUACGCCUUCAUGCUGCCCGUUGGCACGCCAGCCAACGCCAUUGUCUCCAGUCACGCCAACAUCUUCCCGGUCGAAAUGAUUCUUCCUGGUCUGGUAGUCAAGUGCAUCUGCAUCUGCAUUAUGCUGGUCAGCAUCAACACGAUAGGCAUCGUCAUCUUCGACCUCAACAAUUUCCCUGCUUGGGCGGAAGACAUGGAUGCCAACGGGACUCUGGCGGCCAUCUUUAACGGGACGAUGGCUGUCAGCGGACACUGAACAUACGGCGUCAUUGUUGAUGCACAUCUCGCUGCUGGUGGACAAGUGUCAUCGGUAAUGCUGACAAACGAUCGUCGAAGCUGGACUUCGAUGUAUACAUGAAGACGAGACGGAUAGCCUACAAUGUACAAAGAGUAUGGGGCGAAGAGGAAAACAAUGAGAAAGUGCCGCCUACUGCUACUUCCGUUUUAAGGAAGACGGGCGGCGGGCUUCCGAGACGCACGGGUUGGCUGUUAUGCGCCGUCCCUUGCGCUGCCAUCGAAACCGCUGGCCACCUUUUCUUCGGCAUUUCUUAAUUCUGCAGAAAGGAGACGUCCGACUUUUUCUUAUGGGGCGUAGGUCUAGCAACAGGUGCCAUCCCUGACCAACCUGAAGAUGCACGUAAUCACCGCUACAUUGUCAGCGCUCUUGAGUGCACUUUACGGAAUCGGUUGUGAUUUGUCGGACAUUUUAUAGAUGCAUGGCAAACUUUAAUAUGUAUUUAGCUCUUGUGAGCCAUGGUCCCUGUGGGCCACCGAAAUAACGUGAUCUCGUAGUUAUUGUUGGUGAAAUGCUGCAAAUGGCAUUUUAUGUACUCUUGGAACUGCAUUUCUCCGUGACUUGUGUGUGACUACUUGUACCGAACAAUAUGAUACGGUUCCACGGCAUCGACACGGAAUGGCGUGAUAGUGCUUAACGGUAACGGUACGGUGUAUUCUCUGGUGUUAGCGUUUUGCGUGUCUAUACUAUAUUAACGUCACAUUGGUGAUCUUGAAUUUGUGGCUUUAAUGUAGCCAUCAAGUUCAAAUUGAAGUGUUCAAGUACAAGUUUAGAGUAAAAACGCGCAGCUCUCACGCUAGGCAAAUGCAAAAGGAAAUAAUGCUGCUUCUGCAGCAACAUCUCAUAAUUAGGAUUUUGAAAAUACAUGAAAGGAUGAACAGCUAGCUUGCUGAUGCGACCUGUGAACAUGAAGCUCUAGAACAUCAUGUAUCGUCGGCUCUUUCACAUGCAAAUUCCAAAGGGCGUCGUCAUAUGCCUGUAAACCUUGAUCUCCUUGAUGAUUUGCGUUUUGUUUAUACACAUGCUGAAUGAAAAGUGGCCUGAUGAAUACACGACAUAGCAUUAGCCCUGCGUGGCGCAUUGCAUUGUUAUUAUGUAUAAAGCUUGAGAAUUGGCGUUUCUCUCACUUGA